GGCGGAGGUCGCGGCGGUGCCGGCCGUGUCGGCGGCGGCGGUAGCGGCACGGCGACGUCUCCGUCUCGCUCUCAGGCCCAGCCCGCCGCCGGCCCGUCGCUCAGGAAGACCGCCAACUGGCUGAGCGGGGCGGCCGUCCGGGACAAUCCCUACGCCGGCUACCAGCCGGCGGCCCAGCAGCUGACGCAGCAGCAGCAGCAACAGCAGCAUCAGCAGCAGCAGCAACAGCAACAGCAGCAGCAGCAACAGCAACAACAGCAGCAGCAGCAGCAGCAGCUCACGCAGCUCAACGCGUACGAAACCACCGCCGACACCACCGCCACCGCCUACAGCGGCAUUCCACGUCCGCAGCUCAUGGGCUCCUCCUCGUCCCUGUCCUCAUCGCCUUUUCGGCAGCAGCAGCAGCAGCAGCAUCAUCAGCAUCAUCAUCAGCAUCAUCAGCAGCAGCUCCCCGCGGGCCCCUCCUCGCUGCCGCCCUCCCUGGAGGGGGGGCCGAGGACGCGCGACCGCGGAGGCGGCCGGGGCGGACCCGGCGGGGACGACUGCGACCGUCGCUCCGCCUGGCACGACCGGCCGCCGUCCCCGACGUCCUACGGCCCAGCGGGCGCCUACGGCGGGGCCGGCGGGGCCUUGGGGAGGGCGGCGUUCGCGGGGACGCCCGGCGGGCCCGCCGAGUUCCGGGUCUUCUCGGGCCCCACGGAGGACGAGGUGAGCGGCACGUGGCUGAGCCACCGCGCGUCGCCCUCGGCCUACAGCAUGGCCGGCAAGUCGCUGCCCCGGCACGCCGACUACUGCGUCCACCACCACGGGAGAGUCCCGGGAGGGGAGGGCCGCUUGGCGAGGCAGCGCCUCGACGCACAGCGCCCUCGGCAGAGCCCCCUCCCCGAGUCGCCGGAGUGGGAGGGGAGUGGGGGGGGGGGUGCUGUAGCGCCGCCGUCCAGGCCCACGUCAGGGGCGAGGGCCGGCGCCGUCCAGGGCCGCCGCUGCUCCGCCUAUCCGUGCGGCGGCCGCCCCCUCGCAGCCCGCAGCCUGGAGGCCAUCGCCCUGGCGGAAGCGUCCACCAGGGCCCUGGCCACCCCUCACCCACCGGAGGAGGCGGAGGAGGAGGCGGAGGAAGAGGAGGAGGGGGAGGAGGCGGAGGAGGAGGCGGAGGAGGAGGAGGCGGAGGAGGAGGCGGAGGAGGAGGAGGCGGAGGAGGAGGAGGAGGCGGAGAAAGCCCGAGUCCGCCGCACCCUUCCUCGCGAGAGAAAUCUGAGUCCCCUGUUGUCACAGACGUGGCCCGCCCCGCCGUCCGGGCGGUGGGCGGUGGUGGGAGGUCUGCUACCGGCCGGGGCCGCGCCUUGAGCAGGCCCCUGAACGCUGGCAGCACCGCGGAGCGGCCGCCCGGUGCCGCCCCGCGGCGCCCUUGCUCCCGGUCCCGUACACGGCCGACUUCGCCCGAGCCCGAGGCGAAGUCGGCGAUGGUUGACGGCGUUUGUUGGCCGGGCGAAGGCGCCACCCCCGCAGCUUCCUGAAGAUGUCCCCCCACCCCCGAAAGGCGGAACGACGAGUUUGAGCCGCCGGUGGGGCAAGAUCCUUCCCCGGCACCGCGUGGAAGUCUGUUACCCUCCCCCCCCCCCCCCCCUCCCCGCCGGCGAGAUUUUGCCGAGCCGCACGGCCGAUUGGCAACGUCCGGCGCGCAGCGUUUGGCUAACGGGAGACACUUUGUACGUCUGGCGGCCGCGACGAGGGGGAGAGGAACGUUCUCUCCGUUUUUUGCGCCCGGUGGGUCGGGCCAGGUCCCCGGGGAAGUGCGGCAGCGCCUGGACGCGGCCGCGUUCGGGGGGGAGCUGCUCGGGGGGGGGG